UGCAAAGCUUAACCCAAAGCGAAAAGUAAUGGAUUUCUACCUACCAUCGCGAUCACAUUUCUUCCAACCUGCUCCUGGAGUUACCUGGAUGCCAGGUAGACCGACAGGAAAGCCUAGACGGUGUGGACAUUUGUCGCAUAACAGUAUUGCCAAGGAUGCCUACUGGGAGGCUAUCACGGCCGGUGCGACUGCAGACGAGGCAUUAGAGAAGGGCAUCGAAGCUGUAGAGGCCUUUCUGCGAGCGAAAAGGGAGAAGAAAGAAAAGAAGGAGCCUACACCUGAACCAACACCCGAGCCCGUCGACCUGGGUCCUCACCCUAGCGGCUCGAAGACAAUGGAGCAUGGCCAGGACCUUCCUGUUGGUGCAUACUGGAAAAAACAAGUCCGUUACGAUGAAUUCGCUUGGCGCUGCGACAUUAACCACGCACUCGGACGUUACUACCUUGCUGGCGAUGUGAAGUCAUGCCCCGGCUGCGGAUCCUGCAGAUCCGGCCCUGGUCAACAUCCUGAGAUGGACUUCUACUUGCCCUCUGGCACAAUAGCACGGCAAGAAGCCCCAGGACUAGUCAACUACAAGCCGCGAAAGGCUUACAAGUUGACGAAGAAGAGCAAGAAGGCGAAGCAGAUCGUCACUCAUAAUCAAUUCUGCUCGAAAAAGUACUGGGAGUUGAUUGAAGAAGGCCACGAGCACUGUGAAGGGGGAGUGAACGAGGAUGCCCUCGCUCUUGCAGUCAAAAUGACAGAUGCAUAUGUCGAUGCAAAGGUGGCGGCAAUGCAGGCGAAGCUGGAAGAGUCAGGGUCGUCAGACGAGGAACGACCGAUGGCUAAGAGUAAGGGCAAACGAAAGCAGAGCGGCAAACAUAAAGAGCCUCAGUCUGAGAGCGAUAGCUCUGUGCGACGUGGCCGAGUAGGCGCAGGUGUCUUUUCGACCACCUCCUCUACUCCUCUUGUUCCUCGAAAGAGGGGCAGCGAAGAGCUCAAUGACAGCGAGCUUGAUGAGGUAACCGAGUACGAGUCUACGAAGGAUGACGAAGAGGUUCAGCAGGGGACCAUCUCGCUCUCUUCCGACGAUGAGUCCACUUCUGACUCAGAUAGUGCGUAAGGGUCUAUGGGAAGUGAAAAUGUUUAACGGCUUUUCAAGGAUGUGAAUGUAAAUUUGCCGGAACUGUUGAUGUUCUAGCGUCUAAGUUGUGUGAACAGCCAGAGUGGAGUGCAGUAGCUGGCCCCCAACGGAAGUGGCCAAAGAAACUAGCCCGCAUGAGCCUUCUACAAGGAUGCCAUUCCAUCCUCGAGUGCGGGGGCCGCAAAAACAAGGGCUAAGAUGAUAGUGGGGCGAUCGACCGG